CGGUGACGGUACGGUAUCGCUUCUCGGCCUAAAGGCUAAGAUCAAAGUGUAGUAUCUGUUCUUAUUAGCUUAAUAUCUAAUAGAUCCCCUAUAUGGGGACAUAUGAAUAUUAAACUUAUUUUUGAAUACAGACGAAGUGCUAGGAGCUUGCUCCACCUUUGUCACGGGUUGGCCAGGUAUUGCAGUACCGCCUGGAUCGGCCCAAAUAAACUUUUUCAAAAAACAAAAUCAAAAGAUUAACCAAAUGGUUGAUUAUCGUGUACGCUGGUGCUCAUUCCAUGAUAAUACUCAUACGCAAUUUUUUGAGUAGAUAAUGGUGUUAGAGCUAAAUCAAUUCAAUUUCAAUGAAAUCAUCAUAACUCUCAUAUUUCUGUAGACUUUCAAAUGGAAUCUUAAAGAGUUACGAAAGGAGUUUUAGAGAGUUGUAGAACUCUUUCAUAACUCUCUAACUAUUUGAAACACAAUUCAGUGGUUUCCCCUCUCGUUUAUUUGUUUCUUGAAUAAUUCAAAAUUGGUAAAUAUUUUGUUAGAAUUGAAAAAAGUAACACAAUUUUCGUGCGUCACAUUUAUUUCGAAUCAAUAAAAACCGUGGAGCAACCGAACAUCAAUCCAGUUGUGUAAAGGCUUUGCACCUGACGUACAACAAAACCAAAAAUGUUGAUAAAAGUGUUGUCGUUGACUUAUUGUCUUCUUGAAUUAACGACAUACAUAGACAAAACCACAGCUCUCGAUCCUAUCAAUCCCCGAGUCAAAGGGACACCAUCCGUAAUCGGCGUUGUAACCGACCCGUACCUCAAUCGUGAUUCAUGUGGAUCAACAAAAUUUGGUUCACGAGCAUUGUGGGUAUGUCGAGACACAAAUGUUUUCAAUGCUACGUUGCCCAUUAUCUGCAAUUCUGCAUCUUGGACGGAUCUUCCCUCUCGUGGGGGUGGAACUAGCCUAAAUAUGUACGGCGACAACAAAUGGCGCUCGUUUUAUCCGUUAGUACCUCAUAAUUGCGACGGAGAGUCUGGACGACCGGGAAAUCAAGCAGGAGGAUGUCCAGGCAGUAGUCGUUACCCACAUUGGCCUUCAUCUCCUCCACUUGUUGCAUCCGACGAUGGGAACACAGCGAUUGCGUAUACGUGGAUAUCAAAUACCCAUUUGAAACCACAUUCAUUGGAUGCUUACGAUUAUGAUCCCUCAACUGCACUGUAUCGUGUCACUUACAAGUACGGGUCAGAUAAAGGCUCCUUACCGAAGGCUGAGCUAGUUAAUCCGACAUUCUGGUCGAAAAACGAUUAUUCAUACGGAUUGGCAGGAGGAGUUGUUCGCAAAAACGUUGCAUAUCUUUGGGGCCAAGAUUCUCAGGGAAAAAUGGCUCUUGCUCGAGUCUCUGCGCAGAGCAUAGAAAACAGUGCCAGUUACGAAUUUUUUGUUGGUGGCACUUGGACUAAGAAGAAGCCAGUAGUGUUCGAUAAAGCUGCUUCAAUUGAAAAUGUGAGUGCCGGUGGCCAGGGAACAUACUAUUGGUCGGAACACUGGCAAAGUUACGUUUGGAUUGGACAGUCGUCUCCUUCAAUCCACGCGUACUUCUACAUUACCACCGCACCAAAACCGGAAGGUCCUUGGGCGAAGCCGUCGUAUUUUUAUUCGGGAGAAAACGGAAACGGUAUAUUUCCAGCAUAUUCCAUCCAGGCUCAUCCAGGAUUCUCUGACCCAGCAAAGAAUGAGAUAUACGUGACGUACACGAAAUGUGAUGAUCGGCCUUACGACGGCUACUCCACGCCAUUGAUUCGAAUCGAAUGGGAAAGCAUCAGUCCUAAAGGAAGCACUGGUUGCAGUGGUAAAUAUCAAAAUGAGAAUGGCUGGUGCUGGCGUUACUGUAACGGAACCAGUGGACGGUGGUGUUACACUCGCAAGGAUUGCUUAUCAAAGGAGUAUGUUUGCGAUUCAAUGUCGAAAUGCACAGGGCUCAGCUGUGAUAUCGCAGAUGAAGGAUGUGUAAAAGAUUGUCCGUAAAAUAUUAAAACCAGCCACUGGAUUUACAUCCAUCA